AUGGGUCGAGUCAAGUACAGUACACUGGCGGAACGUGUAUUUUUUCCCAACUAUUUCAAACUGAUAACUGCUGCUCAACCCCUACCAGUGCUUGAUUUUGUCAACCGGCCAACUUGUGAACAGGUCUACCUUUUUUUAUUGAAUAAAUUGGAAGCAUAUGUCGGGCAUUACCCGUUCGUUCGUCGCUGUCGUGUGGUCUUUGCCGAUUGGCUUAAGAUUGCCCAUUCAAACAGCCAUCCCGAAAAGCCUCCGAAAGAACUUGCUGAACCUCUACGAAGCGAGUUUCUCUUGAAUGGUUACAGCACAUUGAUUGAGGAGUACAGAGACAAUCAUGCCAAGGGAGUACCCAGCGAAUGGAAUCAAAUCAACGAAUGGAUGAAGCUAACUGAACCCGAACUGGAAAAAAUUAAUCCUUACGGUAAACAAGGAAUGGCUGUUUACCGUGCUUUGCAAGAAUAUCCACCGCAAGAUAUGAAAGGUCUCAUUGUAGGAUCUAUUGAGCCGUGGGUCGAAGUAUAUGCGCUAAGAAAUGGCGCCAAAGAGGUUCUCACUGUCGACUAUCAGAAUAUAACUAUUACUGGAACAAAUAAGGUUGAAUACAUCCAUCCUCUUGAUCUUGUUCAUCGAUGGCAAGAAUUUGAAGGAGGAUUCGAUUUUGUCAUUUCGUUCUCAUCCAUCGAGCACAGUGGUCUUGGAAGAUACGGAGAUCCGCUGGAUCCAAUAGGUGAUCUACGCGAGAUAUGGAAAAUCACUUGUUUCCUGAAAUCCAAAGGAUAUUUUUAUCUUGGAAUCCCUCGAGGUCAAGAUUCUGUUGUAUUUAAUCUACAUCGUAUUUAUGGUGUAAUGCGAUUAGCGAUGGUGAUGACAGGAUUCGAAUGGAUAGCAACGUACAGAGGCGACUCACCAGUUGCGGUACAACUUACCCAAAACGAUUUAGAAUACUUCAGUAAAGAUAUUAGACUGGUACAACAAGAUCUUUUUGUGUUAAGAAAACUUUGA